UAUACUAGUUUCCCAUUCUGUACAAAUAAAGAAGGCAUAUCAUUUCAAAAUAUUACCAGAACUUAGAGACAAAUUCUUAUCAGAAUAAGGCAAUUCAUAGGACACUACUUUAUGUACAUUUUGAACUAUCACCAACUCUAUAUGUACAACAAGUCACUUGCAAGCCUGAUUUAUUUACUUCCAAACCUUGAUAGCUCCAUCUCUACCACUUGAAAUCAGGAGUCUUUGGUUCAACUUUACAGAGGCCAAAGCCAAGACAGAAUCCCUGUGGCAACCGGCAGAGUCUGUAGCAGCUGCUGCUAAAACUGCCUUUGUAGUCAACUUUACUGUUGAGGGUCUUCUAAUCUCCUGUUGAAAAGAAAAAGAGGAUAAUGCUUAACUAUGAGACUACGGCCACCAAAAAAAUUAAUAAUGUUCAACUCAAUUAAUAAUCAAGCACUUAAGUAACAGUUAAGUAGGAACUAUAGCUCUACCCAGUUUUGAAGACUUGAAGGGAAGACAUAUGCAUGCAUAAUAGAUAGAUAACCAAGUACUGUGAAUAAAUAUCUCCAAGACAUCUAUAACUGAUAGUAGAUGAGCCAUAAAAGAAGAAAGCGGAUGAGACGAUGAAGAUGCUAAAUUUGAGCAGGUUUUAGCAAGAAAGCCAAUUUGGUUCAAAACAUGGAACAAUUGCAUCUACUCUAGACAUCGGUAUUACCUUCAGUGUAACUACAUCACCUAUAUGGAACUCCAGCAUCAAAACUUCCCUCGGCGUAAAGGGGGUUUACUAAAUCCAACUAAGCAUAUCUAUCUAUCUAUAAAAUAUAUUAAAGCAAUUUAAGAUUUCCAUCCCAUCCACGUAAGCCUUCCUCAACGCACAACUAUCCACGUCAGCACCUUACAAGCUUCUUCUUUCUCUUAUGCGAGAAAACCAACGCCCUCCUCCCUUUGACUCAACUCCAGCUGUUUCCUUCUCCCCAAAUCACAACGUUUCAUCCCUCCUUUUUCCUUCCAACGGCCCUUGCUCUGCCCCAUCGUUCUAUCUUCUAAAUUUCCCUUCGAAACCCCAAGAACUACGACCGCAUUUAAACCUUCAAUUUCACCAAGAAUUGUCUUGGCAAAGACGGUCAGAUUGUUCGACUGCACAUCAGUGGCAUGCAGAACGGCCGGAUGGCGGUAAUGAACCAACAAGGAGCAGCCGGUAGAGUAUGCUUCGGCAGGGGCAUAUGAGGAAGAAAUCGUGAUUCAGAGAAAUAGAAUCAGGCGAUGGAGAAGAUACCCUCGCCGAAAAGGGUUUCCGGGAAGCCCGGCAAGCCGGUUCCUGGUGGAAAUACUCACCAAAAUUAGAAGGGUGUAUGUACAAAACAGAGGAUGUAGCGACGUUGAAGGGCUUCGGUGGAUUCAUCUACUAUAUUGACAUAAGAUUCAAAGACACGCUCUGUGACUUUGGCUACAACGGCGACAACCUGCCGGUGGUGGUCGUCGCCAGCACUCAAAUUAUGAACGGCUGUUGCUUGAACUUCACGACGGGGGAUUUUGGUACAACUCGGUCAGGACACUCUCAUCCAAUAUUACAUCAACCCAACCAAUCAAGAUAUGCCUACUUAUUUUUCCCUUUCCCUGUGUUCUAUUGAAUCUCCUUUUGUUGGUUGGAAAUUUGGGAUCAAUAGGGAGCUACUUCUCACUUCCAGUGCCAAAUAUAUUGAUGUUUAUAUCGAUCCGUUGUAUUGUUGUUGUACUCUUCCAACAGAAUGCCUACUUAGUUUUUCUUUCUGCAGAAUAGUUCUUUGACUCAAAUAUGUUAUUUUGGAAAGAUUAAUGUUGCUGCUGUCAUCAGUGCACUUCCAAAAUAAGGUUAUUGGUUCAUUCUUUUGAGUUUGUCCUUUUACUUCUUUGCUCUAUUUUGCUGUGAUAGAACAUUCAAGUAGAUAGAUACUGAAUUCAAUUCACAAGAUUUAGCAAUGUUUUCCCUGCAGAUUGUUUGUCAACUCUUAUGCAACAAAAUUCUAUAAUUACUUAAUAAUGUACAUCAUGCUUAAUGGGUUCCUACUAUGAAUUACGAUUACUUACGCGUGCCCUCUGCUCAUGAUCCAUAGUCCACCAAAGUUGGAUCUUCAUACAUAUAUAGUGAUUUAGCAUUUCAUUAAGCCCUUAUAAUUAAAUCAAUAAAGCCAGCGUAUGCCACUAAAUCAAACAAGUAUUUCCUUUUAUUUAAUUAGAGGAACCAAUGUACAGCUUAAUUUUUCAGAUUUGACUAUUUGUUUGAAUGCAUACUCAUCCAUUCUAUAAAAAAAUUGCAUACUCAUAUAUUCUUUUUUAAAAAUUGCAUACUCAUCUGCACCCUCAAAUGGACAGAAAAGGAUGUGUCUCACUACCCCCACAAACAAAAUACCAUUUUUUUUUUUUUUUUGCAGUUUCUUGACCUCAUAGUAAGUUCUAGAUUAUAUUUGUGUUUGAACAUGAUGCAUCUGUCAUAGCCAUCUUAAGUCGUCUGGGUUGUCUUUGUUUCCUUAUAUAUAUUAUGAUUUGUUGUGACACUACAAACACCUCCGUUCUUACGUGACUUGGAUAAAUUUAUUUUGCUACAAAGUAAAUCUCUAAUUUCAUUCUCAAACCAGGGUAAAAAAGAGAUGUCAAGCCACACCAUCCCCUGCACUCAAGGUUGUCAAGAGAUAAUUAGGACUGGCAAUGCUCGCUCCAGACCCCAACGAAAAGCUACUAGCCACCACAUCAUUUCAAAUUCAAGAAACAACAUAAUCAAAC